AUGGCUGACCCUUUUUCACGACUGCCUCUUGAGCUGAAGCUGAUUAUUCUUGGUCUGCUUCAGGAAGAUGGCACCAAGCGUCACUUGCUACACUGCCUGACAGUCAACUUUGUCUGGUUUACUCUCAUCGUCAGACUUCUCUACAAGGAUAUCAAACUGCGUGCUAUCUGGCAUUUACGUGACUCACCAAAUUCUGAAAAGUAUCUCAAACAUGUUCGAACCUUGAUUCUUGGCCUGACUGACAACCGUUUCCAUCCUGAUAUAAUUAUAAAAUGGGCUAAACCACCUCUUCCAAACCUGCGAAAGAUUUCAUUCAUGCCUGGUUCUUUGUUGGAAGGCUUUGAUGUCGACUACAUAAUCCCCUAUCUACAACCAUCUGUUACCUCAGUUGAGCUAUGUUGUGUGCGUUGGACAUCUGAUCUACUUUCAGCAUUGAAAGAAACAUGCCCAGAUCUUACAGAGCUGAACAUCAAGCGUCCAUUCAAGGAUGAAGACUUUACUCUGGAUGCCAAAGGCUUUAAAGACUGGCUUCAAGCUUUCGACUCUCUCAAGUCAGUUUCUGUCUUCCGUCGAGGUGGCUACACUGCCCAUCCUCACGAUGACAUCGAGGAUGACUUGGCAAACUUACUAUCAUGGCCAGAAGUGCGCAAUCUUCUGCUGCGACCCCUGCGACGUCUCCGUCUUGAGUGUCCACUGAAGGAAUGGCAUAAUAUUUACGCCUAUCCCCCAUUCUGUACCUUACGCGAAUUGAGCGUAUGCGUCAAGCUAGAGGACAUACCCUACUUGCUCAAUUUCACGGACUUGCGAGGAUUACACAUUCAGAUUGAUGGUAAAAUUGGACCAGAAGUGAAUGUUCUUUCAUCUUUCCGCCAAAUGACACGACUGCGAUCCCUAAGAAUCAUGUUUACCGAUUCGUAUGAACUCAAGCGCGACCAAAUUAUGUCGUUAACCAGUCUUAAAAAGUUGGAAAUGCUUGAGGUUUCCUGUAGGGACCGAGAACGUGUUAAUGAAGAUGAAUAUAGCUGGGGUGGCAUUACUCAAUACGUCCCUAUUACAGUCAAGGGACCAUUUGACGACAACGAUUUUGACCAAUUGGCAUCGUCGCUUCCAAGGCUGCGUCAUGCCUGCUUACUAUUUGAUUGGAAGGAGUUGACCAGCAACCAUGUACUCAAAUCGGCGGCGUUCCUUUGGCGUCAGCUGGAAUAUCUCUGCCUGGGAUAUCACAUCGAUCUCUCCGAAAGUAUUCUUAUGUCCCAGAAUGGAGAACCAGUGUUUCCAAAGUUGAAGGAGUUGGUGAACCUGCGGGCGUUGAUUGGAGAUCUCGUUACCGACUGUGAGGUGCUAAAGGUGGAUCACGACGCUCGCUAUGCUUAUACCAACCGCCUCCGCGACAGACUCCAAGCUGCGUGCCCCCGACUCGAGCAAAUCACAUUCGGCGAGUUCUAUCUCCAAGACGGCUGCCCUGAGCAUGAACCACUCAACAUGAGAGGAAUGAUCAACUUGUUCAUGGGACCAUGCUGGAAUUGGUCCCGCGACGCGCGAAAGGGGGUUUGGGAUUUUGAUUACAUCGAGUGA